UCAUUUGUUUGGGUUUCUGUUUACAAAACCUCGCAAGGACGCACAAUGGACCUGAUCAAGGAGAUUAAUGACAAAUACCUGGCCCUUGAGGCGGAGAUCGAUCAGAAAUUAGAAAAAGUGCAAGCUGAGGAGCUAAAACUGGAACGCCAGAACGAAAAGCUAGUCGAAACUUCAAUUUACACUCCUGCUCCCAGGGUUUUGUCCUAUGAAGAGGCUCUAUUGAGAAAUACCAACACCUUGAAGGCGUUGGAAAUAGCAAAAGCCCGCCUGAGAUCCCGUUCCACGUAUUCCCCCGUAGAGAAACUUUUGCAACAAGCCCUCCAUAACUACAAAAAGGAACUGGAGAGCCUGCAUGAGGUCAAGGAUAAGACCAAUCACCCAGAGAGCCCGGAAGAGGAGGAGGAUAACCUGUACGAUCUGGUCAUGCAGAAUGUUAUCGAGGCCAAAAAGCAACAUACCGAUCUAUAGGAUCUUUCCCUGGAACUCGAGCAGUGGGUACGGCUCUAUAUGAUGUCGAUGUAUAUAUUGUUCACAAGCGAGACAAUGUCAAGCUGAAUAAA